AUGUCAGAACCCGUGGGACUUACAGCCAUUGCGCUGGUGGUCUCCUUCACCGCUCUAAUUAUAUCGGUCGGGCAGCUGCUACAGUCAAUAUUCGGUACUGCCGAAGGAUUCCGAAGAACGAACAGAGAGGUCAUGGGCAUGUUUGCGCUCAGUCGAGACCGCGUCUUUCAUUGGGCUGAGCUCAGGUUCGAGACCAAAUUCACGACUCCACACUUUACCUUUCACAAUCCGCAUAACGAAACGUCACUUCUAUCCAAGCGUGAGGACAGCGAAUGCGAUCAUCAGGGGCUAUCUAAUAAGUGUAUCCUAGCCAUUGGAAAUAGUGGCAAAAGGCUCGAAGAUCUCAAAGCCCUAAUAGACUCGUCGACAAACGUUAGUAAACUGCAACGGUUUCUUAACACGCUUGACACAGCCAUCCGAUUAGACCAGCAGACAUUACUACCGAGAUCGCACGUUUUCAGUGCUAGCUGGUUGGUGCUACUUGAACGACUUUAUGAGGACGAGAAGAAGUUUAAUCAAAGAGAAGAUGGGCUCUCCUUUAUAUACAGCAGGCCAGGAAUCAAAGGCGCCCUUCUUGGUCCCGACCAUAGACAGAUACUGUUCCCUGCUAUCGAAAGCCAUCUGCGAUCUUGGGAUCUCUUACCUCCUGAUGCUGUGCGGCCCUUUGCUUCCAUCAGCUUGGGUGACCUUCUUACACUAUGUUUCCGACUCCGGCUCACGGUCCAGGAAAUGAAGCCCGGGCAAUUUAGUGCUGAUGGCUUCGGGAACAGCUUCUCUUCUCUGCAAAUCCAGGGCCUUGGCAUGAUUGUCCAGUAUCGGUAUGACCCGUCAAAUGACAGGGCAGACAACGUCCGCCAUGCUAAUACGAAGUUCAUCCCAUGCGAGAGUGCUGACAAGCUUGCUUUCAGCAUAAUCCCCGGACACAACCUCUUAGGUCUGCGCGAAGAUUGGCCUUUAAUGGAUGGACAAAACGAGCAUGCCUUCGUAGAUGGUAUCAAAACCCAUUUUAAAGACAUCGGAGUUUCUGAGCAACAUCUCCGCAAAAUCAAAACACACAAGCGCGAAGAAAUGGGUGAUGUCUGGCGCACUUUCGGAGAUUCUGUGCCGUUUCUCUGUCCCUUUAUGCCAGUCGAAGGACUUGGAGUGGUCAAAUACCAACCUCCGUUUCCUAUGAAUUUUCUCAACUCUACACUAGCCAUUCGGGAGGCACGUAUCCUCCUCCGCCAGCGGCUCAAUGAAAGAUUGCCAGCGUUGAAGGACUCAACUGACUUUUUCACAUUCGUCCCAUCUGCGGCCCAAAGUCCAGCAACAAACCAACUCCAGUGGGUCUGUCUUGUGCUCAAUUUCUUCGAGCAGAAGUACCGCCACAUUUUCCAUCAUAGGAGAGAUUUCAACCCCCUAAUCGGCACCAAUGCCUUCGAUGCAAAAGCCCACGAUUUCCUACGUGAAGUCAAAUCCGCAUCCGAUCAGGUAGACGGGUACCUUGCCACCCAGUUCAACCAGCCACAUUCAAUGCCUACAUAUAGAUACCUAGUCGCGGCUCACCACGAGAUGGCAAUUACUGUUCACGAAGAAGUAAACAAGCAAGUACGCGAAAAUCCUGAUAACAACAAGCGAAAUGGGCCUGAUAAAACAGGACCCGAAUUCAGGUCGGCCUUUAGUCCUGGCCGGGGACUGCACAAAAUCCUCAUGGAGGUUCUGCAUCGCUACAUCGACCUAGCCAUGGAGAAAAACACGAUCGUUGACUCUUACCGCGAGAAGACCAUUGGCUUAGUGGACUCGCAAGGCCUGCAACCUGCGACUUUGAGCGAUGACGAGAUUAGGACUGCGUGGUGUACGAUGAUAUUGAGAGCUAUCUUAUGGAACAUGGUGCACUUUCCCAUUUGGCAGUCCAACCUUCCUUAUCCGAGUCGGUAUUGGAAGAACAACACGCUAGUGCUAAUAGCAUGA